AUGUUUCCUGCUACUAAAGUACACUGCCAGCAGCCAUCACGGAUUCUCAUUGUGGAUGUCACAUCACCUUCCUGGACCAACACUUGUUCUGUACUCUCUGAAGCUCUGGAAAACACACUGUGUUUGGCACACAGCUUGACUGGUCCCUGCCGUGUGCCCCUACUGAGCCUCUACGUGGUGCAGAACCAGCAGGAGUGUCUGCUCCCCUUUACGCAAGUGAAAGAAAACUUUGCACGAAUCCAAGCAUGCAUUUCAGAGCUCCGUUUGCUACCAAGAGAAGGCUGUUUCCCACAGGGGGGAAACGGAGUGGUACAAGCUGUGCAGGAUGGAUUGCAGCAGUUCAAGCAGUACAGCAGACACACAGCAGCAGGAAGCUCAGCAAACAGUUCUGUUGAG